CUUUCCCAACAACUAAGACCAUGUUGUUAAAAGUCAAAUUUCUUGUAGUGACGCUAGUGGGUAAGACAUGUAGCUGGGUGUGGUGGAGGAAAAAGUGGUCUAUUAUCCGAAUGGAGGACCUCCCUCUUUCAGAGAGUCUUUCACGUUGGAAUUAUCGGCCCCGCUAUUUGUCUAGGGAUGACGCCUAUCCUCGUUUUUGUCAAGGGAUUGGAGGCUCAUAAAGCCUUUAUUUCAGGCCGAAAUGUAUCGGCUGUCUGCGAAGAGUCACGCAUGGGUGCCCAAUAAUUGGCUUCCUCAUGUGGGUCAGUUCACCAACAUGGUCUUUCUUGCGGUCGUUGGUCUCUGCCCCUACUUGAAUAGAGAUUCUGCCAUGAGUCGUCUGUCCCCUGAAGACAAGGGUUCGGUGGACGUACCUACCUGGUUGUCCCAGGUGUAUACGGAUGAUAUCUUCAAGGCCGUGGAGGCUAAGAAGAAAGAGUCCUCGAAGAAGUCCGAUGAGGGUGCCUCUGGUGACGCUGCCAAGGAGCCUACCUCGUUGGCCACGAAGAAGCGUCCUGCAUCUUCAGCGGUGGCCCCUAAGCCCAAGGGUCAACAACGUCCCUUCUUCAAGAAGCUGGGCACUGCUGAUGCUGCAACGAAGCCGUCGUUGGCGAGGCCGUCAACCCCUUUGGCUGGGGGAGGAGCCCCUAUUCCUCAGGUGUCCACCCUUCCACCUGAGCCAAAAGAGACGUCUCCCAAGGUGACCGUCGAAGGAGAUUCCGCGGCCAAAGCGGCCGUUGCCGAGGUGGUCACUGACCAGGUUGACGUCCCUGGCGCUGCUGUGAAUGUUGGGGAAACUACCACUUCCUCGUCGAGAGAGGGGAAGGGCAAAGAGUCCCAAGGUCCUACUGUUGGGGAUGCCUCUAUGCCUCCGCCAGCUCCAUCGGCUGGCGAAAUGUUCAAACGAAUGCGGCGUGCUGAAGUGGCGAACAUUCCCCCAUCAGGCGGGUUUAGUUCAGAGGAAAAAGAUAAGAUCCUUUCAGCCGUCUAUGAUGCAAUUCCUGAGGAGUAUCUCUUCAUCCGUUGUGCCGAGGGUAGGCAUUACCGCUUCGAUAUACAUAAGGAGAUGCCAAAGCAUAAGGACCAGAUUGAAAAUCAUGAGAAGUAUGUUGAGAAGAAGGCUAGGGAGAUCAAUGAGGAUGCGGAUAUCAAGAUCAAGUCGGAGACGGACGCUUUGAGGAAGGCUGAGGAGGACGCCCAGGACUAUGAGAAUAAGUUGUUGGAGCAUGAGGAGAGGUUGGCCGCGCUAAAAAAGGGGUAUUCCGCCGUCUCAGAGCGGGUUACCAAUUUCUCUUCCAAGGUGGACGCCUUGGAGAAGAAACUCAAGGCUACCCAGGACGAGAUUGAAGUCGUGCGUGGGAAAGCCGCUAGCUCCUUCAAGCUUGGGGAGGUGUCCAUUUUGGAGAAUUCUCGGCGGGCAUGGGAUCAGUCGAUGGAUGGGAAGGACUUCUCCUGGUUUAAGCGUCGGAUCUCAUACCAGAUGGCCGUCUCGACGGCUUGACGCCUUGGUCUAGAUCCUCUUGAGUUUUUUAGUGAGGGGGAGGAUGAGGACGCAGAGGAAGAAGAAGUGAAUUCCCCUGAAAACCAGGACGUCCAGAACGGAAGCUCCACGGCCCCUCAUCCAUAGACGGUUUUUCUUGUUAGUUGGUUUUCGUGGCACCGUGGGCGCUUGUAAUAACUUUGGUGCCUUUUGGCAUUAUUUUAUUCGGUUUUGUUGCGCCUUGUGCGCAUGUAUGAAUAUUUUGUGCCUCCUGUGCACUUUGUGUUUUAUUCCAUUUCAGUUUAUUACUGAUUUUUAGGAAAAUACUUUUUUGGUCCAUUUGUGGACGUACCCCAGUGUUUUAGGUGAUCAUCCUAAUUUGGGGCGCUAAUCUAGGCCACUUCUUAGGUCGUCAACCGAUUAGUCUUUUUGUGACGCCUUCAAAGGAGAAGGUGUCCUUUUAAAUGACUGCUCUGUUGAGUCUUGUUUUGCGCUUCCACGUCUUUGUCAGUUCAAGCCACUUUUAGGGCCGUCGUUCAGUUAAUCACUCGUGACGCCGCCUCUUAGGGCUCGUUAAUGUGGGGGUAUUUCACUCUAGUUUUUUGCUAUGUAAUUUUGAGUGGCUUUAUUGAGCCGUGAGUUCAUCAAAUAAGGAAAUAUUAUCAUGAAGCUUAUCAUUUUACUUACGUAGCUAAAUUGGCCGUUUUGUAGGCAAUCAUUACAGGCCGUUUUGUGGGCUCUUGCACAAU